GAAAUCGAAGCGCGCAACCUCAGUGCGUUUUGUUCUCCCAGGACCAUCUCGGCUGAUUAUCUCUUCCUGUGAGGUCAGAGAAGCCGCGAUUCCAUCGGGACGGAAAAUUCGAACGUUUUCCCGCCCGUGCGGAGUUGACCUCGAUCAGUUCGCUAACGGAGAGCCGGUGAAAUGCCCAAGAAGAAGACCGGUCAACGGAAAAAAGCAGAGAAGCAACGGGUGCGUCAAAAAGAGAUCCGCAAACGCGAUAUCGAUCUCGCUGAACACCCAUGCAAUGCCAACAUGGAAUGCGACCACUGUCAGCGCAAACAGAAGAAUCGGGCAUUCUGUUAUUUCUGCUCAGCCUUACAACGUCUCCCAAUGUGCGCGAAAUGCGGCAAGCAGAAAUGCAUGCAGAAGACCGGCGAUUGUAUCAUAAAGCACGCCGGUCAGUUCACGACUGGCUUGCAGAUGGUGGGAGCCAUCUGCGAUUUCUGCGAAGCCUGGGUUUGCCAUGGCAAGAACUGCCUCAGUGUGCACGCGUGCACCUGCCCCUUGCAAGAUGCGGUCUGUGUCGAGUGCGACCGUGGGGUGUGGGAUCACGGCGGAAGAAUUUUCCGUUGCAGCUUCUGCACGAACUUCCUCUGCGAGGACGAUCAGUUCGAGCAUCAGGCCAGCUGCCAGGUGCUCGAAUCCGAAACGACGAAAUGCCAGUCGUGCAAUCGCCACGGAGACCUCUCGUGUCUCCGCUGUAAGGUCUGCUUCUGCGACGAGCACGUGAAACGAAAAGGUUUCAAAUACGAACGGAACCAAGCGAUCCCCUGCCCGAAGUGUGGAUUCGAAACUCAACCCACAAAAGACCUCUCGAUGUCUACGCGCACUCACGCCUACGGUAGGAAAGCGAUCGAUAACGACGACGACGAAUGUGGUUACGGAGCGUCCGGCUACUCCGGUUAUAGUGGGUAUGGAGACAACUUCGCGGACGACGAUGAUGAGGAUGGUGAAGAUUGGAAUGAUGAUGAUGACGACGACGACGACGACGAAACUUCAUCGGAAGACAGUGACGACGAUUCUGACGAGAAGCGUGGCGGAGAGUCGAAGAAGGAGCCAGAGAAGACCUAGUUCAGUGAAAUGGAAUUAGCUCUUGAGCAUGAGCCAAAUUAAACUAGAAAUAUUUUUA